UCCAUUUCAUCAACUUUUUAUUUGUCCUCAAGCUAAAAAUCUUCCAUUUUCUCAACAGUUUUAAUCCUAUUAAAAAUUUAAAUAAUGUCUUCAGGCGUUUAUCGUGGAGGAGUAUUAAAAUUGAAAGGGAAAAAGCAAUUAUUUAAGCCAAAGAAGAAUACAGAGAAGAAUGCCAAAGCUAGUUCAUCGAAGAUUGACGAGGAUGCUGAAGAAAGAGGCGGCUGGAGAAGAAUAGAAAACGAAUCUGAAUUGAAGGGAGGAAUUGAUAUCGCUAUUGAACAUGGGGAUUUUUCAAAGUGUUAUUUGUCUGCUCUGGACAACGGCAAAUUUACUCUUGGCGCUAGACAUGUGUGUCAUGGAGAGCCUCCUAAUCCUGAAGAGAUUUUAUCUUUGAUUAAAUGCCCUGACGAGCCUAAAAUAAGCCUCAAAACAGGUUUUGGAAAAUAUGUUGGAUUCGAUUCUGGAGGUUGCCUAAUUGCGACUGCUGACGCUAUAGGUGAUAGAGAACGCUUUGGUGUUGUAUUUCAAGAUGGAAAGUCAGCAUUGCUUGCCCAUAAUGGAUUUUUUCUUUCACUUGCACCGGAUGAUGACGGCUAUGUUUAUGUGAGUUCAAAAACAGCGCAUGCCAAUGAAAUUAUCAACAUUCGAACAAAUACAGAAAAGGAAGGCCCCGUAGAUUGGCUCACUGCUGACGACAAGAAAAAGGCUGCUGAUUGUGAAACUGCUUAUGUGUAUGCUUUUUAUUUUUCCUCAAAAAUAUUUAAAAAAUAUUUCAGUAAAAUGUAUCAACAUUCACGAGUUGAACUGAAAAACAAAUGCAUCAGUUAUAAUGUUGCAGACAAAUCUGAAGUGAAAAGGGCACAGAGGGAGGGUGAUUUACAUGAAACUCUUUUGAAUCGACGAGCGAAAUUAAAAUCGGAUAAGUAUUGCUAAAAAUGUGUAUAUUUUUAAUUUUUUAUGAUUUUUUAAAUAAAUUUUGCUCCUAUAUUUCUAGGAAGUAUUGGAGGUUCUCCCCUCCUCUUGAGUAUGGAGCCCCCCUUUUUGGGAGGCCCAGGGAACAUUUUGAUACAGAACAGGGAUGUCACGAGUCCAGAAAAAAGUCGCAAUUAACGUCGGAGCGGGUGUCAGGUCGGUCAUUUAGAGGGAUUAAGAGGGAAAAUGGGUCGGUUUUGAAA